CACCAUGUCUGAGCUGGAUCCGUUGUGCGGUUAUACAGAAGAAACGACACCCACCUACAACCACUACAAUCGCAUGAAAAAGAACCUGGCCAGCCGUCGUAAUUGCAAAUUAGCUACUUUCAGCGUUGUCUUGGUAGCCACCAGCUUGAUAGUUGCCACUGUCUUUCUAUUUGUUGUCGACAAUGAUUCAGCUGAUGACGGCCCUCUACCCACGGAUGUCACGCCGCUUGACCUAAACGUGGAGCAUUCGCUUUUGCAAGUCUCCUUCCCUAUUAAAAAAGGUCGUUCAAGAGAAUUCAAAGGAAAAGAUAUGGCUUCUUGGGAGACACCCACUCCAACUGUAGACAUGGACUUGCUGAAGGAAUGCAACACAGAAGGUCGGAAUGAAGUGAACCGCCGAAAGGCGAUGGAAAAGACUCUAGUGGAGCCUAAAGGUCCGGCUUUCUACCACCAAAUGUCGACGGCCCUGAACGAGGAAUCAGUGGACUGGAUCCAAUCGGGUGUCAUGGCCGAAGCCACUCUGCGUUGCCUCAAAGACCAUCAGAUCGAACUGGAAACUCUUCAAAAAUCCGGCUGGCGUUUCUUGCAGGAACAAUGGCCACAGUGUGGCGAAGGGCAUUCGCCGUUCGGCGGAUUUAAAUGCUCCGCAAAAGAUAAAUACCGCUGGAUGGAUGGUAUCUGUAAUAAUUUACAGCACCCACAAUGGGGAUCUGCCCUGCAGCCCUUUCGGCGCAUGUUGCCAGCCGAGUACGAAGACGGAUUCUCUAAGCCCAAACCGUCUUUCCCGACCGGAAUUCAUCCGCCCGGACGUCAAGUCAGCAUUUGCAUGCAAAACGCAACCAAUCAAUAUGAUGAGCCUAGACUGUCGAUGCUCUUUGUCCAUUUUGCUCAUUUCCUCGAUCACGAUUUCAGCAACAUUGCCGCUUAUAAAGGUGCUAACCGUAGUGCCAUUCCGUGUUGCGGCGCCGAAGAACGCCAUCCGGAAUGCUUCGCUCUCGAACUUAAGAGUAACGACCCCUUCUACAAAGAGAAAGGUCUUAUGUGCAUGGACUUUGUCCGUUCGGCACCCGCUCCCCAAUGUCACAUUGGCGUGCGAGAACAGAUGAAUCAAGCGUCUUCUUACAUCGACUUGUCCAACGUUUACUCAACAACGGAAAAGGACGAACACGAACUUCGUGACGUUGACGGAGGCUACAUGAAAUCGCCCACCGAGCCGGACGGACGUUACAUGUUACUCCGAUCCAAAGAUCUCAACGAUGGCUGUAACCGUCCCGACAUGUUGGAAGCCAACACGCCCUGCUUCCGUUCAGGUGACCUCCGCGUGAAUGAAUUCAUCGGUUUGACGAACAUGAAUCAGAUUUGGAUGCGAGAACACAACCGCGUCACCGACUUCUUCAUCAAAAUCAACGGUCAUUGGAGCGACGAACGUUUGUACCAAGAGAGUCGGCGUGUCGUCAUCGCUGAAAUGCAGCACGUCGUUUACAACGAAUUCGUUCCGCUUUUGCUCGGAGAGAAGCUGACCAAGUCGUUGGGGUUGAAUCCUUUAAAGGAAGGUUAUUUCCACGGCUAUGACGAUAAUCUGGACGCCGGAGUCGCCAAUUCUUUUGCAUCGGCCGCCUUCCGGUUUUAUCACAGCAUGAUUAAGGACCUAGUGGCUUUCGAACAGGCUGGAAGUGGUGUCACCGAGUUUGCUCCAUUGCACACGAUGCUGUACAAUCCGUUUUCCAUGUGGCAAUACGGUAAGGUGGACGAGCUGAUCCGCGGCAGCGCGGCGCAGAAUCCCAGGCCGAUCCACACUUCAUUCGCUGCAGAAGUGGCCAAUCAUCUGUUCCAGCAGGAAAACGCUUCUUUCGGAUUCGACCUGUUCGCUUUCAACAUCCAGCGAGGACGGGACCACGGCCUUCCGCCUUACUACAAAUGGCGCGAGGUAUGCCACCUGCCACCGGCUGCCAACUUCACGCAGAUGAAAGAGUUCUUCCGUCCUCACUCGCUGGAACUCAUCCAACGCUUUUACGUCGAUGCGACGCAUUUGGAUCUUUUCACUGGAAUGUUGGCCGAGAAUCCUCUGCCCGACGGACUGUUGGGACCGACGGCCAGCUGCAUCAUCGCCGACCAGUUUGUUCGAGCGAAACGCGGCGAUCGUUUUUGGUAUGAAACCGACGAUCCUCUGCUGCGUUUCACCCCAGAUCAAUUGAGUUCCAUACGCGAUGUGACCCUAGCCAGGGUCCUUUGCGAGAAUGGUGACGCCAUGGACACGAUUCAAGAGAGAGCAUUAGAGGCCGUCAGCGAAAGCAACCCACGCAAACACUGCUCGGGUUACCAAAUUCCUCGUCUCGAUCUCACACGCUGGCACGAAGCCAAACCGGAGGCUUCCUUUUCCAAACAUUGAAUGUUUUUACAAAUUAGUUUCGAUGCCCCGAGUUGCCGUUUUUUUUCUUUUAAGUUGAUCCAUUUCGAGUUUUUUUUUUCAAAAUAUAAAAGGGCGUAGCUUUUUUCCCCCAGCAAAAAAAAAAGAUGUCAUUUGUAAGGCACUUCAAAAUAAUAAAAACCGGUUCUCGCAGA